AUGCGGUUAUCUCCUCGGUUAUGGAACCAAUUGGUGCCGAUAGCACAACGACCAUCUGUUUCCGGAAAUGGGCCUUUUGUUGAACUUCCGCGGUUCAAAACCGUAGGGGAACCCUCGCGUAUGCUCAAUGUCACGAUUCCUGCUUCUGGGUGUGUCAAUAUUCGCCUGGGAUUCAUGAUAGGAGUCGAUGGAGAUGUCAACGGGAUCAUGUCUACUGCAACAAAUCACAAUGGCCUUGAGUAUCACGCUAUACAACCGCUUAAGUCGGUGCUGGUAUUGAUAGCGGGCCGUUCAGCUAAUUACGCUUUACUUGACAACACAGACAAUGAACAAUGGACUGUGCUUGAUCAGCGUCAUAUUAUAGCUUGGUCGGGCUUAAAUUUUGAUUUGAUUCCCACAAUGGUUCUCUCCAGGCUUGCGAGUUAUCAAGGUAUUGGUGUGGGCACGUUGGUGGUAAAUUGUGAUGAAAUCGGCAACUUAUACAAUGUUGAGGUAAGAAAUGGUGAAAAUUUUCUUAUCAAUCCUAAUGCAAUCAUAGCAACGACUACUCCCAUCGAAUAUAAGGUUCUCAAAAAGGCGAGAGUCCAACUUGAUUGGUCUAAAUGGUUACCUCAUAUCUCAUUGCCACGCCUGGGUUUAUUUGGAACUUUAGGUGUAAGAUGGGAUGAUAUCAAGGAAAAGAUUAUUACCAAAGAGACACGUCAGUUUUUUGGCAAGUUGUUGAUCUGCUGGCACGAGUGCAAACAAUGGGUCUCUCAUAAGAUUCUUCGUCGCAUACAUGAAACUCCAAUCUAUGCUCAAGUGAAGGGGCCUGCAAAGCUCUUACUUAAUACGAAGCUGUCAGUGGCGAACAGAAAAAUGUUCACCAAUUCCGAGAUAGAUUAUAUUAGGGGGCAUAAGAUAUAA